UUAAGUCACAGUGAUCAACCAAAUUAUUAACCCAGUGUUUUGGGGUUUUGUGUUGAUUUGGUACCACCAAAGAUAAAUUUGAUUGAUUCACUAAUAAUUAUUCAAUUAAAUUGUCAGGUAAAUGGGUAUGGAUGCAACAGUUAAUUUCUCUUUCUCAACACUUCUAAUGGAUAAGUGACUCAAGUUCAACUUUUCUCUUUCUACUUCUCUUUCGACUUGUUUCACUUUUUGGCUCCUUUAUUAUUUUUUUCUCCACCCUCCUUAUCUUCACCAAUGAGAUGAUAAUAAUAGUGUUCAUGAUGACGAAUUGGCCUCAACUUUAGACAAUUUGGAUUUUCUAUCAAUUGUGCAAAAAGAAAACCCGGAGAAAAGAUCAAGUGACACCAACAAUUUAUUCUCUAAUUGCAAUCAACUCAUUUACCUUUGUGAUUUUUUCUUCUUCUCUUACUGGACAAUUCCAAUGAAUAUUAUCAUCUAAACGAUAGAUGACCAUUCAAUCAUCUUUACAAUUAUUGUUCUCUGUUUUUUUUGUUCUCUUUUGCCAAAUUUUCUUCACCAAUUGUUUUACCUGUUAAUCUAAUUUCAUGUUGAUUAAUCGGCAAUUUACUCUUCUUUUAACUUUCACUUUGUGUUCUCUUGCCAAAUGUAUUAUUGGAACACAAAGUGGUUGGUAUUUUCCUCCAUUCGAAAGUGAUAAAUUUCAACGAAAACCUCGAUUUCAUAAUCAAUUUCAUCAACCACAAUUUAAUCAUCAACAAUUAUAUCAACUUGAUCCAAAAGUGACGACCAAUCGUCCGAAAUUAAUAUCUGAUGGAUUUGAUCAGCAAUCAAGUUACUCUCAUGAAAGACAAUCAACUGAUGUUAACUCAAUUCACGAUGAUAUGUUCAGGAUAAAAAAUUACGCUAAUUAUCAAUCAAGUAGAUUAGUUGAUGCAACUUCGAGAGCUAAUGAGAUUGAACACAGAUUAGCAAUGGCCGUUGAUUUAACUCGCAGGAAACGGAUGCACUUUUUUUAUGGAUUAAUGCUUCAUUCUUAUAAUUAUAUACGAGAUUUAAGGAUUAAGGGGCAAGGAAUGAUUAAAGAUAUUCGUAAACAGGUUAAUGGGCUUGCUCGACUUUCCCGAAAAGCGAAACACAAAAUGUAUAAAUUAACGACGAAAAUGGAAACAAUUGAAAAGCUCAUGGUAUCUUCGGGUGAUUUAGAGGAUAAACUUAAUCGAUCUUCUGAACAAUUCAACGAUAUUUUGAACGAUUUUAUGAAUGAUGUUUAUAAAAGGAAAAGUGGUCAUCAUAUUGACCACGAAUCUGAAGCUUUCAUCCAACAACAACACGAAGAACAUCAUUAGAAUAAUCAAUUAUCAUCAUUGGCUCAUAAUUAUUGUAAAUUGUAUUCUUUUAAUCAAUUAUUUUAUAAAUUAUAUGUAAAUGAUAUACAUCUUUCUUUUUUAUAUUAAUAUUAAAAUUGAUAAAAAUUAAGUUUCAA